CCAGUUGGUGCAAGCGGCGGGGCCCUUUAAGACCUAGAAGAGCUGGACGCCGCUUCCAAGCAGCAGUUUCUCGCUGGCGACCUCUAGAAGCGGCCCCUUUGAAGAAGCCAGAAGAGGUGGGGCCCAGCCGGCAGGAGGAUUGCUCCGGAGCCGCUCGCCCUUCGCUGCGCUUGCAUUAUGAACGCUGUACGCCACUGGCUUUCGAGCUGGGGAGAAAUAGGAGGGCCGGCUUUGAGCGCGCUCUGGAUGUCAGAGGAAACUUCCUGCAGCCAGCUCGGAGGUGCCGGGCGCUUCUCUGCCGGUUCCGAUGGAUGCGCAGCGUAUGCGGAGAAGUAGGAGCGAGGCAAAAGAUCCUAGAUCAUCUACAACAGAUUUGAAUGUUGCCCUCAGUGAAUGUAUGGUAGCCGUGAAUUUAUUUCUGAAUAACAAGUUCCAAGAUGCCCUUGCUUCUCUACAAACUAAAACAAAGGACAGCAUGUAUCAUGCUCUGACUUAUGCUACCAUUUUGGAAAUGCAGGCCAUGAUGACCUUUGAUUCCAGGGACAUAUUGUAUGCUGGAAACACAAUGAAAGAAGCUCAAGUUGUAUGUCAGAAGUUUCGGAAAAAGUCUUCUGUAGCAGAUUCUUUCAACAAUUUAGUGCGCAAACACAAUCUUAAUCAAUUAACUGAAGAAGAAAUUCAUGCAGAAAUUUGUUAUGCUGAAUGCUUGCUUCAGAGAGCAGCUCUUACAUUCCUCCAGGAUGAAAACAUGAUUAGCUUUGUGAAAGGUAGCAUCAAAAUAAGAAAUAGUUAUCAAACAUACAGGGAACUGGAGAAUCUAAUGCAGUCUCCCAGUUAUGUUAAAGGAGAAAAUCAUCCCCAUUUUGAGGGUGGUGUAAAGCUGGGAGUUGGAGCAUUUAAUCUGACUCUAUCCAUGUUACCAACAAGGAUUGCACGAUUACUGGAAUUUGUGGGGUUUUCUGGAAAUAAG